AGAGUCGCUCGGGUCUCGGGCGAAUCAGUGCGCGUUUCCCUCUGCCAUUUGCGCGUCGGUACGCGGCAGCGGUGUUACCGGAAUCUCUCGACGUGUGCUUACCGGUGCGUAGAAGACGCGUAACCGCCGUGUCGGUUGAGGUGUGCUCUACACGGGUUCGUGUGCGGUAACGUGCGUGGAUUUCUCACGAUCAAGAAUCGAUCGGUAUGGCGGACACGGAGGUCAAGGAAACAAAAGUCACUACUCCUCAGAAGAAGGUAGUGCAGGAGAAGGAAGAGGAGAAGGUGGUGGUGCAGGAGGAGAUUGACGAGGAUUCGAAAGCAUCUGAAAAUGGGGAUACAAAGGAAACCAAAGAGAAUGGCUCGAGCGAGGAGAAGGAAUCCGAUGAGAAAGAAGCAGAAUCUACGGAAAAUGGAGACUCGACAGAUGCUCCAGCCGAUAGUUGCUGCGUAAAGAGGAAAUCAACGGCCGCAGCCGAUGCAGUGGAGGAUGCAGCGGACGGCGCGAGUCCCGAGAAGAAGUCGAGACUCGAUGAGAAGUGCGCCGAGGCCGAGAAUAACGGCGACGCGGAGGAGGCCACGGCCUAAUAUUCUCUCAUGUUUAUUAUUGACAGACAGACCUAAUCUAUAGAUGCAAUUUUAACUACCGAGUGUGAAGCCAGGGCAGAUCUGUGCAUUUUCAGAGAGAAGAUGGCGAGCAUAAAAAGAAAAAAAAGAAGAAAAAAAAACAAAAAGAACAUUUUAACGUUUAUUGCAUUAAGAACUUUCUGUGUUCAGGAUGAUUGUGUGUGUCUCCCAUAGUAUUUCUUGCAAUUGUUAAUUGGCAAUAGCAACACGAGGCCGAUAUUUUUCGAGAAAAUAUCGCGAUUAUUACAUUUAAUGUAAUGUAAAACAUAAACAAAACGUGUUCUCUGUACUGGCAUCCACGUGCAUACAUAUAUAUUCACUUAGCGUUAGAAUCCUAAGAUAAGGAAAUAUACCGAUAACGUUUAGAAAUAAUAUAUUUCUAAUUCAUCAAAAAACAAAAAAAAACGACGGUGCGGUGUCUGGAAAAUGGGUACAUUUGUGCAACAUAAUAUCUCCACCUACUUGCUAGUCCUCAUUGUUUCCGACGCACGGACACACAUUGUAUCUUAUACCUAUAGACACAUACACACCUUGGACUAUACAUCGGAGAUAGAAUACUGAUAUUUUUCUGCGAAUCAAAAUACAUUCCCGAAAAAUAGAUUGACUUGUAACGCUAUGACUGUUCGCCGACGGAAAACCUUAAAAGAGCGUCAUUUAUAUAGCUAACAUUGCGUGUGUUUCACAAUAUUUUAUUUAUGUGAACUGUAACUUUUGCAGGAAGCGAGGAAAUCGGAAUAGUUUAUCUCGACUUUAGAUAAAUUGUAACGUGUUAAGCUCUACUAACACAUAGUAUGUGUUUAUGAGUAAAUAUUUUUUUUUUUAAACGAUGGAGAACACUCGAAAAAAGCAAUGUUUAGCACUGAAUAAAUCCAUUAUACAAUUUCGUCAAAUUGGUCGUGAUUUUUUUUAAAUUGAAAUAAAAUUCUUUUUAUUUUAAUUACAACGAAGGCACAGUAUACAUAUAAUUUAUCUUACCUCGGUUUUCACAUGUUGUACCUAUGUAUGUAUAGAAACGUUGAGUGGAAAAGGAUUUGUUUUGAAUUUUGCUAAUGUGUAAAAAUGUAUGUCAUUCGAUAAAAGCACUGCAGUUGACACAAAAGCCAAAAGUUAACAAAUCUCGAAAUUUCGUUUGAUGUAAUUAACUCGAAUUGACUACUAAUUUGCAUGUUAUUCAAAACUAUUAAGUAAUUGUCAGAUGUAAGUCAUCGUUUCUCUUAGUUUGUAACGAGUUAGCUUCAAAAAGCGCCAAUUACCUUAUUAUAUUUCGGUGACAAUGUGACAAUAGUUGAUAUAAUUUUCAAUGUCAUUAUUUUGCUUCGUAUGUAAUAAACAUAACUGUCGAUCAGUGAGGGUAAUAACAUAUGUAUGUUUAAGAUUUAAAAUGGUAAAAUGUGUUCAACAGCUAAUACAAAUAAAGAUGGUUCUCUAUAAUUCUUCAAUGAA